CAUACCAUAGGCAUACGUAGUGUGCCCACUAUAUAGCGAUCACCAGGCGCAUCCUGAACACGAGCCCCUAAAGCACCGUGGAGCAAGGCACGAACCCAACCACCAGUCCUGCGCACCGCUUUCUCUACUGCUUCUGCCUUCCAUUUUUACGUCUAGAGCGAACACAUAUGAAGUGACAGGCCUCCUUGGUAGAUUAUUCUCGGAGCAGCAGCGAGGCGCAGCAACCCUCGGAAGAUGACGCGUCGGGCCUGCCUCACGCUCGCUUGCGCUCUGCUGCUUGGCCAGCAGGCGUAUGCAGUUCCUAGCUUCCUUCGAGGUGGCUCGAAGAUUCACAAGGAGGCUAAGCAGGGGCGGGGUGACUCCGCGGGAACUAGCGCGCAUGCAACCCUCAGUAACAACGAUGCGCUGGAGGCAUUCAUGGAAGGCAGCCCGGCGGGAAUAGCUAUCGUGGCUCGGCAGGCCCUGUUCGAUUACGCUACGGGCGUGGCCUUCAUGUUCCUCAGCCAAAAACUGCAGGGCACCAAAGUGCCCGAUGUAACCAAAAUCUUCGCCAUUCCUAUCGUGGGCUCGUUUGAGCUGGACCUCACGGACAUCGUGGUGAACAACUUCACAUGCAGCACCUCCAGCUCGAACCUCACCAUUCUGGGCGACGGCUUCUUCCACCUGCUGGCCUCCGACGUCUCCGCCCACCUGUCCUUCAAGUGGCACUGGACCAAGGCCAGCCUCAGCGGCACGGGGGAUGGAGAGCUGCUGCUGGGGGGCGGCACCAUUGACUGGGUGUUUGAGCUGCACAAGGACGAGGCGCUUCAGAAGCCGCAGCUGCAGGUGGUCACGGCCAACAGCAACUUCGACUCGGUGGACCUCAAGAUUCACUCCUACUCCGCGGACUGGCUCUACCAGGCCGUGCUCACCCUGUUCAACGAGGCGGUGAAGAGACAGGUCCAGAACGGCGUGGCUGCGGCGCUGGACGGCGAGGUGCCGGGCCGCAUCAACGCCGUGCUGGGCUCGCUGCCCACACGCCUGGAGGUUCGGGGCCUGCCCUUCUCCACCGCCUUCGAGUACUCCAUCUACACAUCCUCAUUCGUGCUGGUCAAGGGUUUCGGGGAGGUGGAGGUGCCGGAGGCGGCGGAGGAGGUGCCGGGGGCCGCCCGCCAUGACCCGGCGGCGGCGGUCGCAGAGGCGGCAGAGGCGGUGGGGGUGGAGGAGGCGCAGCCGCAGCGGCGACAGCUGCUGUCUGGAACCGCCACCGCCACCGCCACAACCCGCACCACCACCGCCACCCAAGCCGACCGCGGCAACAGCCCAGUGGCCAAGAUGACGCGGUGCCCCUUCGAGAGCUCGCCGCUGCCCCUGGACGGCCCGGCCCUGGCCUCCGACCCCGCCAUGACCAGUGUGCUGGUGCACGAGGCCACCGCCAACUGCCUGCUGUGGGGCCUGCACCGCGCCGGCAAGCUGACGUUCAGCCUGCGGGACGGAUCCGUGCCCGGGCUGUCCAUCACCACGGACGUGUUGGCGCUGCUGGUGCCGCAGCUGCCCACGCUGUACCCGCACAUGGGCAUGGUCAUAAAUGUGGAGGCGCUGGACUCGCCGCACGUGUCCCUGUCCGCCGCCGCCGGCGCCACGGUGUCGGCGGCCUACCGCAUGGGGCUGGUGGUGGCCAACGACAGCCUGGGCAACCCGGAGGUGGUGCGCCUGGUCGCCAACCUCACCGUGUCCGCCCAGCCCGACUGGGACGCCUUCGUCAUUGGUGACGUGGCGGUGCAUCACGUGGUGGAGGCCAGCCAGCUGUCGGUGCCGGCCGAGCAGUGGGACAACACGGUCACGUGGCUCAUACAGAACUACGGCCCGCUGGCCUCCCUGCGCCAGGUGUUUGAGCUGCUGGUGCGCACGCCCGACAGCAGCCAGGUGGCGCUCACGUCCGCACACACAGCCACCUACGACGGCGGCUGGUUCGGCCUCAGCGCCGACGUCGAGGUCACCCUGCCGCCGCCACCCGCAGCCGCCGUCGCCGCCGCAGCCCGGACGUAGAGCAGUCGCCACCCUCAGAGUCUCGUGGUGUGUCUCCUGUGUGCGCCCGCGCGUGUGGUCAUUUGGGCGCAUCGCAGGGUGUGCGGCCGUUGUUCGGCGUCGGGUGUUUCAAGUGGGUCCCCGUGUAUGUAGCGGACCCGUGUAGGCUGGUGAAAAGCCGGGUAAAGGUGUCGCCUAUGCGGACUCUGUUGGUUACUUGGUUGAGGCUGUCACGCGAUGGCCGUGUGGUGGUGUAGGCCGCUGUGUGGAUAUGAGCCGGUGGCGCCGUGGCGGUGAUGGGCGCAGUGGUAGGGGUGGGGGCGGAUGCAGUCUGCUGUGGCGACACCGCAAAAGUCGCACGGUUGUAAAUUGGAUGUCAGGUCUCU